UCAUCAUGCCCUGUCUCCAGUUCAUCAUGCCCUGUCUCAAGUUCAUCAUGCCCUGUCUCAAGUGCACCAUGCCCUGUCUCAAGUUCAUCAUGCCCUGUCUCCAGUUCAUCAUGCCCUGUCUCAAGUGCAUCAUGCCCUGUCUCAAGUGCACCAUGCCCUGUCUCGAGUUCAUCAUGCCCUGUCUCAAGUUCAUCAUGCCCUGUCUCAAGUUCAUCAUGCCCUGUCUCGAGUUCAUCAUGCCCUGUCUCAAGUGCACCAUGCUCUGUCUCGAGUUCAUCAUGCCCUGUCUCAAGUUCAUCAUGCCCUGUCUCAAGUGCACCAUGUCCUGUCUCAAGUGCACCAUGUCCUGUCUCAAGUGCACCAUGCCCUGUCUCAAGUUCAUCAUGCCCUGUCUCAAGUUCAUCAUGCCCUGUCUCGAGUUCAUCAUGCCCUGUCUCAAGUGCACCAUGCUCUGUCUCGAGUUCAUCAUGCCCUGUCUCAAGUUCAUCAUGCCCUGUCUCAAGUGCACCAUGUCCUGUCUCAAGUGCACCAUGUCCUGUCUCAAGUGCACCAUGCCCUGUCUCAAGUUCACCAUGCCCUGUCUCCAGUUCAUCAUGCCCUGUCUCAAGUUCAUCAUGCCCUGUCUCAAGUUCAUCAUGCCCUGUCUCCAGUUCAUCAUGUCCUGUCUCAAGUUCAUCAUGCCCUGUCUCAAGUGCACCAUGCCCUGUCUCAAGUUCAUCAUGCCCUGUCUCCAGUUCAUCAUGCCCUGUCUCAAGUGCAUCAUGCCCUGUCUCAAGUGCAUCAUGCCCUGUCUCCAGUUCAUCAUGCCCUGUCUCAAGUGCACCAUGCCCUGUCUCAAGUGCAUCAUGCCCUGUCUCAAGUUCAUCAUGCCCUGUCUCCAGUUCAUCAUGCCCUGUCUCA